GCUGCAGUGGGUAGCACUGCCGCUUCGCAGCAAGGAGGUCCUGGGUUCAAAUCCCCGUCGGCCAGGGUCUCUCUGUGCGGGGUUUGCAUGUUCUCCCCGUGACUGCGUUGGGAGAGGUAGGUAAACACAACAUAACAGACACCAGGUGGACUCACACUGUGUUUUUAUAUGAGCAGAGAAAACCAGUUCUGCAGGUGGUUCAUACAUCAGGCUGGAAAUCUCUCCCUGAACUAUUACAUUUUGUAGCUCUGUUCCUGGGCACAAGACAUGCUCUUGCUCUGAGACAGAAUGGCGUCUGGAUCUUCUCUCCUGGAAAAGGACCUCACCUGUCCUGUGUGCUCUGAAAUCUUCAGGGAUCCUGUUGUCCUGAGAUGCAGUCACAGCUUCUGUGAGGCCUGUCUGCAGCAUUGGUGGAGAGAGAAGGGAUCUCAGGAGUGCCCAGUUUGCAGGAGAAGAUCUUCUAAUGAUCAACCUCUCCCUAGCCUGUCUCUGAGGAAUACCUGUGAGUCGUUCUUAAAGGAGAGAAGUCAGAGAGCUGAAGCAGGACCAGUGCUCUGCAGUCUACACAGUGAGAAACUCAAACUCUUCUGUUUGGAGGAUCAAAUACCUGUCUGUGUUGUCUGUCAAACUUCAAAAAAACAUGACAACCACAAAUUUCGACCAGUCCAGGAAGCUGCAGAAAAAUAUAAGGGGAAACUCAGGACUGCACUGGCUCCACUGAAGAAGAAGCUAAGAGCCUUUAAUGCAGUGAAACUAAUCUGUGAUCAAACAGCAGAGCACAUCAAGAGCCAGGCCCAGCGCACAGAGAGACAGAUAAAGAUGGAGUUUGAGAAAAUUCAGCAGUUCCUAAAAGAGGAAGAGGCAGCCAGGAUCACUGCACUGAGGGAGGAAGAGGAGCAGAAGAGUCAGAAGAUGAAGGAGAAGAUUGAGAAGAUGACAGAAGAGAUAUCAUCCCUUUCAGAACAGAUCAGAGCCAUAGAACAGGAGCUGGGAGCUGAAGAUGUCUCCUUCCUGCAGAGCUACAAGGACACACAAAACAGAGCCCAGUGCACACUGGGGGAUCCAGAGAAGGUCUCAGGACCUCUGAUUGAUGUGGCCAAGCACCUGGGCAAUCUGAAGUACAGAGUGUGGGAGAAGAUGCUGGGGACUGUUCAAUACACUUCUGUGACUCUGGACCCAAACACAGCACAUCCCAAACUCUCACUGUCUGAGGAUCUGACCAGUGUGAGAUGCAGUGAUGAGAGACAGCAGGUUCCUGAUAAUCCAGAGAGAUUUGAUGGGGGGUGUUGGGUGCAGAAGCCAUUACCGAGCUACAGACGGGACAGAAUGGCGUCUGGACCUUCUCUCCUGGAAGAGGACCUCUCCUGUCCUGUGUGCUCUCAAAUCUUCAGGGAUCCUGUUGUCCUGAGAUGCAGUCACAGCUUCUGUAAGGCCUGUCUGCAGCAUUGGUGGAGAGAGAAGGGAUCUCAGGAGUGCCCAGUUUGCAGGAGAAUAUCUUCCAUGGAUUUUCCUUCCCCUAACUUGUCUCUGAGGAAUACCUGUGAGGCGUUCUUAAAGGAGAGAAGUCAGAGAGCUGAAGCAGGAUCAGUGCUCUGCAGUCUGCACAGUGAGAAACUCAAACUCUUCUGUUUGGAGGAUCAAAUACCUGUCUGUCUUGUCUGUCAAGCUUCAAAAAAACAUGACAACCACAAAUUUCGACCAGUUCAGGAGGCUGCAGAAGAAAAUAAGGAGAAACUCAGGACUGCACUGGCUCCACUGCAGGAGAAGCUAAGAGCCUUUAAUGCAGUGAAACUAAUCUGUGAUCAAACAGCAGAGCACAUCAAGAGCCAGGCCCAGCACACAGAGAGACAGAUAAAGAUGGAGUUUGAGAAACUUCAGCAGUUCCUAAAAGAUGAAGAGGCAGCCAGGAUCACUGCACUGAGGGAGGAAGAGGAGCAGAAGAGUCAGAAGAUGAAGGAGAAGAUUGAGAAGAUGACAGAAGAGAUAUCAUCCCUUUCAGAACAGAUCAGAGCCAUAGAACAGGAGCUGGGAGCUGAAGGCAUCUCAUUCCUGCAGAGCUACAAGGACACACAAAACAGAGCCCAGUGCACACUGGGGGAUCCAGAGAAGGUCUCAGGACCGCUGAUUGAUGUGGCCAAGCACCUGGGCAAUCUGAAGUACAGAGUGUGGGAGAAGAUGCUGGGGACUGUUCAAUACACUCCUGUGAAUCUGGACCCAAACACAGCACAUCCUGAACUUUCACUGUCUGAGGAUCUGACCAGUAUGAGACGCAGUGAUGAGAGACAGCAGGUUCCUGAUAAUCCAGAGAGAUUUGAUUAUGGGUGGUUGUGUGUGCUGGGCUCUGAGGGAUUCAGCUCCGGAGGCCACUGCUGGGAUGUAGAAGUGGGGGGUGUGGCCUGGAUGGUGGGUGUGGUUAAAGAGUCCAUCAGCAGAAAAGGUGACUUCACUCUGAACCCAAAAGGAGGAGUGUGGGGUAUAGAGCUGACCAGUGGGGAAUACAGAGCCAUGACCUCCCCACCUACACUCCUCACUGUGCAGAGGAAACUCCAGAGGGUCAGAGUGCAGCUGGACUGGGACAAGGGGAAGGUGUCAUUCUCUGACCCCAGUGACAACACUCCUCUCUACACUUUUAAACACUCCUUCACUGAGAGACUGUUUCCUUUCUUUAGUACUAUGGGGACUGUGCGGAUCUGUCCACUGAAGGUGUCUGUAAGUGUAAAAUAGCACUGUGGGAUUGUUGGUAAACAUCAGCAGAAGUCAAAGGACUGUUCAUUAAACUCAGGUGUAUUUCAAAUGUCAUGAACAAAAACACGUCAUAAACAAAAUAUUGUCUAUUAGAAAUGUAAAUACAAACAUUCUGUAGUGCUUGAAGAGAAAUGUUGUCCAAGUUGAACCUGUUUUUAUGAUUGACAUAUACAUCUGUUGCAUAAGUGAUCAUAUAUGCUGCAUAUCCUCCUAUAUACGUAAUCAUAAUCAUAUUCUUGAAUAUUAAGAGCUUGAAGUAACUGCAAGUAGGUGUGCUGAGAAAAAAUAGAGUUAGUAGCAUGCAUGAACUAGAGUUCUGAGAAAGAGGCCCAGUUAGGAGACAAACACUUGAUCUACUGCUUAAAAUAUGCAUUGGAUAAUCACAUGAGUAAGUCGGCGUAAUAAAGUAAAUGUUCCU